GAAGCCGCACCUGGGGAUCGGGACGCGGGAUCUUGACAACAACAUAAACAGUGACACGUUGCAAGCCAUCACCCCGAGGCCCGACCAGACACCAACUUACGAGGGAAUUUUUGGGGCACCACCGAAGCUAGAAUAAUAGAGGAGAGGCACAGAUUAAUGGCAAUGUGUAGCAGUGCAAGAGAGUGUGUGGGUAACAGGCCGCCAUUAGUGGUGUUCACAGCGAGCAUUGCCGUGUUUGCUUUGGCAUUGGUUGGUGUGUCUCUCUACCUUCAGAGUCACAAGACUCAUAUCCUGAAUCCAGACAUAAAGGAUUGGAACAGCUUCUUCACAACUUUGUCUGGUAUGGACAUCUGCUUCCCUAAUAAAGACACCCAACCUGAGUCUGCCCUUAUCAUGAAGCGUGAGGUGCCUGACUCUGAAGACCCUGCCACCACCACUACUCUGCCUGAAACCAACUCAACUGAUAUAGAGAGCAAUGUUACCAUAAGUGUGUUGGCAGAUGUGCAUGUGGAGAAGGCUGGCGAGGCACUCUUUGGGGUAAAUCUCCACUCUUCCCUCCCGGCCAGACAUCUUGGCUUUAACAGAGAUCCCAGUGCUUUAGAAAUUACCAUAUCGUUGGUGCCUAAGAGUGCCAAGAACUGGACAGCCUGCAUAAUGAUGUCUGGCCCAGCUCACUUACUGCCAGACUCCCCAAUCAGGCCUGUCAACUGCUCAGUAGUUAAGAGCCGUGAGCCACCCCUUGAGGUGGAACUUGCCAAACCUUGGCUCAUACAAGAGAGUCUUGGGUGGUGCAGCAAUGGAGUGAGUGGCAACCUGUUAGUGGCUCCUCAACAUGAACUCAGUGUCUAUCUCUCAGAGGGCGAUGUGACAUUGAUCCAGAUUCACAUCCUCUACACCACCUGUCUUCUGUUUGUUAUGAUGCUGUUCCUGCUCUUCUACCUGGGUUGUGGCAAGCGUUGGACCUUCAGGAGUAAGAUAAUUGUGCAAUCACCUGACAAGGUACCAUUGCAUCCUUAGUGUGUGAUGCACUGUGAAGGCAAUAACAAUUGUGACCAUCACAGCAGCAGCAGCAGCAGCAGCAGGAGGAGGAGGAGGAGGAGGAGGAGGAGUGGCAGCAGUGACAGAAACUUCUAUGGUCUGUCCAUAGUCCCUCUUUAAAGCUAAAGGCUGAGCGCAUGCCACUGUGAAUAUGGGCCAUUUUAUUUAUUCUUAAUUCGUCACCAAAACCACAAACAUUUGUACAUGAAUUUGGUUGAAGUGUAAUUAGAUGUAAAUAUGUCACACUUCACGAUACACUCCACUAGAUAUAUGGAACUGACAUGUGGUGCAUAACAUACCAGCUGUCUAGUGGCUGCCUGCAUGUUGGUACUGAUUGCAUUAGUGUGAAAGAAGACCAUUAGAGAUGAGAGCACCUAUAGCUUUACAGUCAGUCAGUUUUUUGGAGACAGGACAGUUUGAAAAUACCUCAUUUUUUGGAAGCUACAGAUACAUAAAUACAUACAAUUUCUGCAUUACUUUAUGGAUUAUUGUCAUGAAUGUGUCAGGCAUUCCUACUCUGUAGUGCCUCAUCACUUUUUGUUAUUUUAUGAGUCUUCACACAAGCAUCUCUCUCUCUCUCUCUCUCUCUCUCUCUCUCUCUCUCUCUCUCUCUCUCUCUCUCUCUCAGUUGUUCUUUUUUUCCUUUUGUGGUUUUUAAUUUUUCAUGUAAUCUUUAUCUUACUGAUUUUAAAAUUUUCCUUUAUGAAGUUAUAGCAUUUUAGUAUUCUGUAUAUUUUAAUUUAGUAUUAAUGCUCAGCAUUCCUUUGUUAUUUUCAGUUAUUGUUAUUUGUGUUCUACUUUGGAUCUGUAUUUUAUAUUCACUUUUCUAGCUUAAGUAAGUCCCAGUACCUGUCUUCAGACAGUCAGUCAUUAGAGAGAAACUCUACAGUACAUCACAUUAACCACAUGUCCAACAUGAAUGUGGGUUCCCUGUUACUUUAGGUAUACUGCUCACAUUCCACAGGUAUUUCUCCAAGACCUCAGUGUCUAUGCAAUUGUUAUCGCUAUUUACAUAGAAUCAAUAAUCAUAGAUUUUAUUUGAUACUUCAGGAAACUGGAAUAGAGUGUACUGAAUGAACUCCUAAAUUGUACGAAUCAAAAGAGAAUUGUUCUUUGAUGUACCUCACAUUUUAUAAUUGUCUAAGUGAAGGACGAUACCUUUCUCGUUCUGGUAAUUUUCAUUUAAGGAUUGAAGAGCACAUUGCCAGCGUUGCUAGUCAUUUGCAGUUUUGUUCAAGGUAGUCAUGCAGCAAGAUGUGGACUGCAGACAACUGCCACUGUAUCUCUUGCUCUUUGUAAAACUCAGCUGAAGGGAAUUUAGCUAAGCGAUAGUGACCUCCUUCUGUAUUUAUAUUCCUACUUUGUGAUGAGAUGAAGCACUUUCUCUUCUUUGCUUCAUCUUUUAAAGGGGAUCUCAGCCUGCUGUACAGAUUAAUAUCUAGACUUAGAUAAGUGCAUCAAGUUAAGUUGAGGUUAAUUUGGAAAAUGAGAGAUCCAGGCAGAAUAUUCUGUUAUACCACUAUAUUAUUUCUUUGAUAGAUCUAUGUAUCUAUAUAUUUAAAUCCUCAUUUUCAUAACAAAGAAGUCUCAUCUUUAUGCACUCCAGCAUUGCUUCUUUGUUUGGUCAAAGCCUCACCAGUCACCUCUCUCCUUUUAUUGUUCAUCCACUCUUGUUUAUUCAGUUUGCUGGUGUUCUCCAUCUCAAAUUUUGCCAUUUACUCUCACCCAUGUAGUAAUCCCUUAUAGACUCAUUCCCAUUCACUGUUUUCACACAUCCAAACUAUUUCAAUGUCCAACACUGCUCACUCAGUCACUUCACAAUUUACUCCCCUCAGUGUUUCACCAGAUUUCUCUCACACACAUCCAUACUGUUUUCCCUGAUUCUUUACUGUUUUAUUCUCUUCAUCUUUGUAAUGAAAUACAUUUUGAAUAAGUUUGUCUUAUUUGUGGAGAUAGUUAUCAGUUUAAUAAUUUUUUUCAUUUAUUUAUAUAGAAGCUAGUCUUCAAUGCUUCAGUUAUACACUACACAUGGAAUGAAGCAGUCAUGUUAUCCACCCUAAAACAUAUUUCCUUGUUCCUAAUUGUUUCAUCCAGUGAAUUGUAAGGAUCUUCAGUGACAUUGCAUUAUGAGAAGGAAGCUUCAUUUAUGAGUGUUAAUACUGAAAUGUGUAAAUGCUUUCUCGGUGUCCAAAAUUACACAUAUUGUCAUAUUUGUGUCCUGAUAUUAAAAUCUUAUAAGGAAGUGAAAUUGGUUUUAAGUAAAAUGUGCUUCCUUGCAAGUUAGGUAACUUUAUUUAUAGAGGCAGCCAUGUUUGCUAGAAUGAAUAUACGAGUUCAUAUCUAUUACUAACACCUGGAGAACAUUUUUCUGUAUAUAUAGGACUGUUUUACUGUAUUAUAAGUAUACUAUACAUAACUUUUUCUUGUUUAAAACCAAUGUUUGAAUUUAAUUUCAUUGGAUAUAAUUUAUAUAUAAAAUAUUACUGAAUUGUACCUUGGUAUUGUGUGUGAGAUUCAGCCUGAGCACAUGCUUCACAGCUCAAUAGAAGAAUUAGAAUUGUGUUACUGCCCUGACAUUCUAAAAGCAAUCGCAAAUUUCUUCUAUUUUCAUUCUUCCUAGUUGCCUCCUACUUGGCAGGAUAUCUUCCGAGAAUAUUGUUAACUUUGUUCAGUAUUAUUGUAUAUUAUCCUUUUUCACAGUUAUACCUUUGACCUUGUGAUUCCUAUGUAUGUUCAAUAAUUUGUUGGUGUAUGAUUUAGUUAAGAGUGGGAUCUGGUACUAGUGGUGGACAAUGGCAGCAGUCACUAGUUGCAUCAAACCUUCAGUGAAAUUAAACUGUCGAUAGUUAUGUGUGAAAUACUUGGACUCUCACAUCAUUCAGUCACAUAUUUUCAAUUCAAAAUUUGUAUGAAAUGGAAGAAGUGUAUUGCAUCGUCAGGGAGGAUAAGCAAGAUUUGAAUUGAUGAUUCAUUGUUAAUAUUUCUCAUGAAAAUCUUUCUGGUUAAACUUUUAGUUGAACUAAAGCUUUUUUUAACUAAUUAUUUGUGCCUGGUGUUAUUGUCACCAGUGCAUUUUCAGUAAUCUUAGCCACAUAGUUUGUGUCCAGCAUCAGUAGUGCUCCAUGUGGUUGUGAUUGGUCUGUAUAGCUUAAGUAACUUGGUUGAACUGCACAAAAAAUACUUAUUACCUUAUUUAAUUUAUUAUUGACUAUAAAGAUAAGUAAACUUAACAUAGUCAUAGAAUUUGGGCAUGCAAGAAAGCCUGUAUAUAUUUCCUGAGGGUCCUGCAAAAGCUGUAAUACUCAUACUCAAAAAUUGUCAUUGACAAAACGUGAGCUUGUAAGAUGUUUCCAUUGCCUUGUCAUCUUAAGAGCAUUGCCUCAUUUCAAUUAUAGUCUGUGAUUCCAGUGCCUUGUGUACAUAACAUAUAGUUUAAUAUUUAUUCUGUGAUGUUCCAUAAUGUAUAAUGGCUUAAGUACAGAUAUCUAUGACUA